AAAUUGCUAGGUCAAGGCGGAGCUCUCUCUCUCUCUCUCUCUCUCUCUCUCUCUGUCUGCUUGAGCAAAGGUACCACUCUCUUCGUUUCUCUAAAUUCAUGAUUGAUUUCUGAUUUUGGAAUUGCGCUCUACUAUGUACCGAUCUGCCUGUUAUUAGAAUUCUGUGUAAUGUGUUUGGUUUCUGCUGUUUUCUUUGUAAUUUGCUUUGAUUUGUUGCCUUUUCAUUUCAUAUAUCGUACUCAAAUUUUAGAUCUGAUGGACGGGGAUGCAAAUCGUGCUGUUUUUUUUUUUUUUUUUUUUUCAUGAUUCAGUUUGUUGUUCAUACCUUCUUUCUUUGUUCAUUUUUUCGGAGAUGAUUUUGUUAGUUUCAUUUAGCCUCUGAUGCAUAUCUUGUGAUGCUACUGAUAGUAAUUCAUUUGUUGUUGAUUAGACCAAAACAUGAUUUCAUGAAGUUGUCUUAUGUUUGAAUUUAUUCGAUUAAUUCCGAUUAUUCAGCAUUAGUUUUAUACUGCUGCGAAAACUAAAUGAUGAUAGUACUUCAUCAUUUUCCUAAAUGGAUGUCAGUUUGACAGGUUUUCUUUUUACCGAAAGACCACUUCCAUGCGUUAAUUAUGAGAGAUUUCUUGUUUUGCAUCUAUCUAUUGAUUCUUGUGAUAUCUUACAUAUUCCAGAUCUUACCUUUUGCGUUGACAAUAUGAAAUCAUUAUGACAAAUUUUUUGCUUUUGUUUUGGAUGAUUCUCAUUUAUCACAGAAUGUAGUCUUUCUUUUGUUUUUGUAUAUUCUUAGCUGUUUGCAUAAUUGUGGCAUUUUCAAUUCAUUAUUUGAAAAUCUUUAAUGGUAAUCCAUCACAUUUGUUUGCAUGACUAUGAGGUAUUAUAAACCAUACUCUUUUUUUCUGGACAAUCUUUGAGUUUGUUUGUUUUACAUAAUAAUGAUCUUUGGAAGCUGAUCUCUCUGUGUGCACAUGGUAAAAUAUCUUUGCUGUGGAUAUUUCUUUUUGCUUCACUUAAGAUGGAAUUGAAAUCUGACUGAAGUCUUAGAUCUUAGGAAGCAAUGUCUAUGGAUCGGCCACACUACCCCACCACCGCUCAGAAAGUGGCUGGGCAGCUUUUCAGAUCAACCCCCACUCAGCAUUUUGGAGCCUUUGAAGGUGGUCAGUCUCGACCAUCUUUAUAUCAAUCACAAUUCAAAUAUGGGAACUACACUAACGCUGCAUUGACAUAUCCAUGUCAAAUGACAUGUGACCUUUCUGUGGUCAAGUCUACCGUCUCCCCAAUUUUUGCGCAAGCCCCUGCAGAGAAAGGAUUUGCGGGCUUUGCCAUUGAUUUUCUCAUGGGUGGAGUCUCUGCCGCGGUUUCUAAAACAGCUGCUGCUCCUAUUGAGCGUGUGAAACUUUUGAUACAAAACCAGGAUGAAAUGCUCAAGACGGGUAGAUUAUCUAAACCAUACGGAGGCAUCGGUGAAUGUUUCUCAAGAACAAUCAAAGAAGAAGGGUUUGGUUCUUUAUGGAGAGGGAACACUGCUAAUGUGAUCCGCUACUUCCCAACUCAGGCCUUGAAUUUUGCAUUCAAGGAUUACUUCAAGAGGCUUUUCAACUUUAAGAAAGAUAAAGAUGGGUACUGGAAAUGGUUUGCUGGGAACUUGGCAUCAGGUGGUGCAGCUGGUGCUUCUUCUCUCCUCUUUGUUUACUCUCUGGACUAUGCUCGUACUAGAUUGGCAAAUGAUGCCAAGGCUGCAAAGAAGGGAGGAGAGAGGCAGUUUAACGGAUUGAUUGAUGUCUACAAGAAGACUUUGGCAUCUGAUGGCAUUGCUGGACUGUACCGUGGAUUCAACAUAUCGUGUGUAGGGAUCAUUGUUUACCGUGGUCUCUACUUUGGAAUGUACGAUUCUCUGAAGCCAGUUCUUCUCACUGGCACGCUGCAGGAUAGUUUCUUUGCUAGCUUCGCCCUGGGUUGGCUGAUCACAAACGGUGCUGGUCUUGCAUCCUAUCCAAUUGAUACUGUUCGCAGACGUAUGAUGAUGACAUCUGGUGAAGCAGUAAAAUACAAAAGCUCGUUGGAUGCGUUCUCUCAGAUCUUGAAGAAUGAGGGUGCCAAAUCUCUAUUCAAGGGUGCUGGAGCCAACAUUCUGAGGGCCAUUGCUGGUGCUGGUGUGCUUGCUGGCUAUGAUAAACUGCAGUUACUUGUCCUCGGAAAGAAAUAUGGAUCCGGUGGUUCUUAAACAUGCCAUGAUGAUGAUGAUGACGACGAGGGCUUGGGUUUCUCACCGGUAACAAAUGGUUUUAAACAGUUUUGAAUAAUUUGCUGAGGGGGUGUGUGUAUCCCCAAAACCAUUAUUGCUUUUUGAUUCAACAUUGGAUGUUAGUAAACUUUGCAUAUGGUGGUAGGCUGACCUUACUGCAGCUGAUUGCCUGAUUUCGGAUAGGUGAGUUUGAGGCGUGUAGUUUUCUUACACGGGACAA